AUGAUCAUCGAAAAUCAAAGAUGUUUUGGAAAGGAAAUAGCAAAUUCAACUUUGCAUUAAUCUAAGGAAAUAGGAAUGAUUGUGGAAAAACAUAAAAAACCUUUUUCCAUAAUUCCAAAAGUUUUUGCAUUGAGUUUGGAUGAUAAAGAAAAUAAAAUUUUUAAAAGAGAAUCAGAAAAAUUAUCAAUUGAAAUAGAAACUGAUAAGAAUAAGGAUGCUAAAAAUCCUUAAAAUGUAGAGUUAUAUUCAAAUGAAAUUAUACAACACCUUCUGAUAGAGGAAGUAAUAAUUUUAGACUAUUAAAGAAUAAAUAUAUAAUAAAUUAGUAUAUGACACCAGAGUAAUAACCAGAUAUAAAUGUAAAAAUGAGAGCCAUUCUAAUUGAUUGGCUAAUAGAUGUUCACGCUAAAUUUAAGUUGCAAGAUGAAACACUUUAUAUUACAAUAUCAUUGAUUGAUAGAUAUUUGUCUUUGGCUUAAGUCACAAGAAUGAGAUUGUAAUUAGUAGGUGUGGCUGCCUUAUUUAUAGCUUGUAAAUAUGAAGAAAUCUAUCCUCCUGCAUUAAAGGAUUUUGUUUACAUAACAGAUAAUGCAUAUGUAAAAAGUGAUGUUUUAGAAAUGGAAGGUUUAAUGUUAUAGGCUUUAAAUUUUAAUAUAUGCAAUCCAACAGCUUAUUAAUUUUUACAAAAAUACUCAACAGACUUAGAUCCAAAAGAUAAAGCGUUAGCUUAAUAUAUACUGGAAUUGUCUUUAGUUGAAUAUAAAUUUACUAUAUACAAACCAUCUUAAAUAGUUCAAUCUGUAAUAUAUUUAGUUAAUAAGAUAAGGUAUUAUUUUAUAAUUAUUAUAGAACUCCAACUUAUAAAACAUAGAAUGAGAAUUAUUUAAAGCCUUGUGCUAAAUAAUUAUGUACUUUACUUUAAACUGCAGAUCAAAGCUCCUUAUAAGCAGUAAGGAAAAAAUUUAAUGCUUCUAAAUAUUUUGAAAUUUCGAGAAUUAAAGUAGAAAAAAUAAACAAAUGA